AUGGCCAAAGACCCCACUCCAUGCCGGGUUUUGAUCAGUUUUGUGGGAAGUUUUUUGUGGUCACUCAUUGGUCACUCAUUGGUCACUCUGGCCGCAGGCUCGGGCCGCUCUGGCUCUGGACAUCGUGGCCGCCAUCGUUUCCUUCCUGGCUCUGGGGGUUCAGGGGCUGCUCCUCCCCCACAGCUGCCCCUGGUGCCACGGCCUCGGCCCGGCCGCGCAGGGGGCGCUGUUGGGCACGCAGGUGCUGCUGCUGACGUCAUCGGCUGCGGGGGCGGUGCUUGCUGUGAUUGGCUGCGUGGCGGCGUCCAGGGCCCGCCCCAGGGCGGGGCCAGUGCCCGUGGUGAUCUACCAGACAGCGCUGCCCGCCCCGGGGGCGGGGCCAACCGAGACCACGCCCCCCGCUCCGCAAUAAAGACCAAUCGUGGCUGAGAUCUCACCUGG